UCUUAUUCUUCUGAGAGAUUGCCUGUAGUGUGUUAUUAUAUUUAUAAUUAUCAUUUAAACCACACACCAAAUUCCCACCAGCAAACCUCCCCUUAUCACCCGCCACCCUGCUCCAAGUCUCACUCUUAGGUGUGUAGGUGACCCUCUCACCCAUCUCACUCUAUAGGUUCCAGGUGCUCCUCCGCCCUACACAUCGGUUCUCAAGCCCAAGCCGAUCCUGGUGGAUAAGCAGGCAUCAGAACCCAAUACCCCCACAAGCAAGCACUUUGAGAGACCCAUGACCAGGGGUUAUUCUGAUGUCUCUCAGAGAAUGAAAAAACGGGUUACUUUAAGCUCGCUGCCGUCCCGACACUCCUUGGAAGUGAAAGAACCCGACUUGCUUCAGGUGCCACAGGUCGUUCAGAUAGAGCAUUUGGCCGCCCCAUACAUCGACGAUGACUGUGAUUCUACCUAUCAAGAUGAUGAGUGCUGUACAAUGGUAACUGAGUGUGAUUCACUAAUGAUCUCAGAAGAGGAUCAUACAAUUCAAGAGGAACCGGCCACUAUCAGUGAAGAGAAUGAAGUGUCAAACUUUGUCAUACCAACCAUUUCUGCAUCUGUGGCUCAGGAGGCCACAUCCUUGCAAGUUCCUCCCCCAAGCAUACUAAGUCACACAUCAGAUGUGAAUCACCACAACAGCAGUCAGCACCACCACUCCAAAUACCAUUACCCAAGACACUCUCUCUUUGGCCAUCACCAUUCUUACCCGCCGCCAUCAUCAUAUUCAUCAGCGCCGUCUUCAUCAUCAUACACACUCCUGCCCGUCCUUGAGCCUCCUGUAUUGGUGACAGAGAGCAUUGAGCUUCACGCCACUGAAGGCUCUGCAUGCUUGCCGCCAGAGAUCAUCACCACCAUAGCGAUGGAGGAGUCGUCAUCUUCAUGAUGGUGCAAGAAAGGAAAACAAUGCUUCUUGCUCAGGGCACUUGAAAAUCCAUUAUUUUUUACCAUCUUUUCUCACUACUACAUUUGUGUAGUUAUACCUAAUAUAUCCCUCUUUUUUCAGAAAUAUGAAUCAUUCUAAUGUUUUUUUUUUUUAGUAGCUUUUGGUAUACGAAUUCUAGGUCAGCGUGAAAAAUAUUGGGAAUGAGAUCUCUCUCUGACUUCAUGUUUUCCUACUUGCUUGCAACAAAGUAGACUUGAUUAUGAACAAUAAGCAGCAAUGAAUCAAGAGGGUCCUCAGGCACUGAGACCUUCUUUUGCAAAGUAAUCUUUCACUUGUCAUACAUGAGGUAUCUGAGCUUUCUAUGUGAUAAUUGCUUAAUUUGUAAGAUUAAGAUUUGAUUCUAAAUAAGCCAUGACCCUCAGUUCUCUUCAUUUUCUUUACUGACCUUGUGAAUUUUGCUGGAGACAUCUGUAUCACUCUAAACAUAUUUGGACAGCACUCAAACUCUUUAGUCUUCACCCAGAGGUCAAUAUAAGUCUGGAUCAGCUACAGAUAGGAGCUUAAUUUCUCUUCUAUUUUCACUUGGUAAUAUACAUAAUAGAUUUCCCAUAGUGGCUUAUCAAUGACUAGCAUAUAAUUUAAAGUCACUGAAUAGUUUAAAGAAUGAAACAGGAGAGUAGUAUUGGUCAUAAAUUAACAGGUUUUUCCUCUUCUGGAGUGGGGAUAAGCUUGUGUGUUCAUUAAUGUCAAAAUGACAUAUAUAUACAUAUGAACUCUACAUAAAUGAGAUUCUGUACUCACUAGUACUUUGACAAGAUGUAAUGAAGGUGAUGGGUUUAAUCAUGAAUAUUCUAUGAAAAAACAUUUUCAUAUUUAUAUUCAGGUGUUUACAGUUAAGUCUGAUAUAGAUCAGAAAAAAAUACAUCUUGUCACUUUUGGUGCUGGCUUAAGUCCAAUUAAAUAUUCAUAUUAGUUUUAAUAUUAAUGCAUCUAAUCAGUAGAUGAUCUUUGACAGGGGAUACUAAACCUUCAUAAUUUUAUCUUAUGAGUUUGGUUUCCUUUGUCAUUUCAUCAUUUAGAUCUCUUCAUCACACACAAAAAAAAACUAGUCUUGGAAACAGUAUUAGUAAUUUCUGGUAUUUGUUACGGUGAAAGAACAUUGCAUCUCAAUCAGUCCGUGUAGUCGUGGAGAUAAUGAAGUAUAUUCAUACAUUGCUAGUCAAUUCUUUCUUUGUCUUUUUUAUCUUUAGGCCAUUGCAUUUUAUAGAAAACAUAAUGUAUCAAAUACCAUAAUAACACUAAAGGGUUCCUGUUGCCAAGAUUGUUCAUUUCCAGUAAGCAAACCCUUGAAGGUAAUAAUGUUCAUUUUUGAGUAUGGUACUAUUCCUUGUCUACCUUUCAUGUGAAACUUUGCUGCCAGUACAAUUCAAAUCAUGGAUUUUCUAGCACCGAUCCUCACCAAACAUCUAACAGAAUAGACGUUUGUGGAAGUUUUAUCACUUCUUUAAAGAUUAUUUUCAUACUUUGGCCUUCAUGAAACCCCUAUGAAAAAUAAAUAUUAUUAAUCUAAUUCAUAUCGAAGACAUGGAAAAGGAAAUCCAGAUCUUUGUUAUUUUGGCAUAGUAGCAAAUUCUAAUUAUGGUACUUUUGAUACACUCAUUUAGAAGACAAACAAGCAGUUACAUAAUGACAGCUGUCUGAUAACAUUAAUAAAUGGAUCAAUAACAGAGGUAGACAUUUUGGAAGAGUGAGAUAGAUAUGCAGUUGAGAGAAUAAUUAGUAGGCAAACAUCACCAAGCUGUAAAACUUGUAUGGGAUUGAAAUCUAACUUAUUUAUAUUCAUUUACAUGGUAAUAUUUACUUUCUUUAUGUUCCAUCAGCAUUUUUUACUGAUUUGAAUGUGCAUGUGUGUGUGUGUGUGUGUUUGGGUGUGCAUGCAAAUGAGUAUAUGGGUGUGUAUGUAUGUCUGUGUUUGGGUGGGC